AUGACAUAUUCGACUGGUGCUUAUCCGUAUGGUUUAGCUGUCAAUGAUUUUAACAACGACACUCGACUGGAUAUUGUCGUCACUAAUUAUGCUGACAAUACUGUAAGCGUACUUCUCGGUUAUGGCAAUGGCUCUUUUGCAAAUCAAGCGACAUAUUCAGCUGGCAUUACUCCAUUCCACGUAGCUGUUGGUGAUUUUAACAACGAUAUACGACAGGACAUCGUCGUUACUAAUGGUGAACACAACACUGUAAGUGUACUUCUAGGAUGUGGUAACGGCUCUUUUGCAAAUCGAGUAGAAUAUUCAACUGGCACUAAUCCAGGAUUUGUAGCUGUGGCUGAUUUUAACAAUGACAGCUACUUAGAUAUCGCCGUCACUAAUUUGGAUGACAAUACGAUAAGUGUACUUCUCGGAUAUGGUGAUGGGUCUUUUGCAAUGCAAAUGACAUUUUCAACUGGCGACUUGCCAUUCGGUUUAGCUGUCGGCAAUUUCAAUAACGACACCCGACUAGAUAUUGUUGUAAGUAAUUCUGGAAAUAAUACCAUAGGUCUAUUCGUUGGAUAUGGUAAUGGCUCCUUUGCAAGUCAAAAGACAUAUUCCACCGGUGCUUAUCCAUUCGGUUUAGCUGUCAGUGAUUUUAACAACGAUACUCGAUCGGAUAUCGUCGUCACUAAUUUUAAUGAUAACACUGUUGGUGUUCUGCUCCGUUAUGACAGAGGAGCUAUGAAAAACGAAAUUACAUUUACUCCCAGCACUGGCGCAAAUUUGAGAAGCGUUGUCGUUUCUGAUUUCAAUAACGAUAGUCUAUUGGAUAUUGUCGUUGCUAAUUAUGGUAGCAAUAACCUAGGUGUCAGUGUUGGAUAUGGAAAUGGCACCUUUGGAAAUGAAAUGGUAUUCUCAACAGGAUUAAAAUCUUAUCCUUACUCAAUUGCAAUUAAUGACUUCAAUAAAGACGGUCAAGUGGAUAUUGCAGUAGUCAAUCGUGGUACUAAAAGUCUUAGUACAUUUCUGGGAAAGGGGAACGGAACGUUUGAAAAUCAAGCAAAUUAUAGCACUAGUUUCGAUUUUGCUCCAUUGGCUGUUGGUGUUGGUGAUUUCAAUAGUGAUGGACAUUCGGAAAUUGUUGUUGCAUAUGAUGAUACUGAUAAUUUGGAUGUAUUUGUUAUAUAUGACAUCGGAGAUUUUUCUCAUCGAACGACAUAUUCAACUGACCCUUGGCCAAGCUCUGUUGUCUUUGGUGAUUUUAAUAACGAUACUCGACUGGAUAUGGUUGUCAGUACUAAGAAUUACAAUAAUGUAAUUGUAUAUCUUGGAUAUGGUAAUGGCUCUUUUGCAGAUCGAAUGACAUAUUCAGUUGGCAAUUACCCAAACUCUGCAGCUGUUGGUGAUUUUAAUAACGACGACCGACCGGAUAUCAUCGUCACUAAUUAUGUGGACAACACUGUAAGUGUACUUCUUGGAUAUGGUAAUGGCUCGUUUGCAACACAUAAGACAUCUUCAGCUGGCUAUUAUCUAGUUGGUGUAGCGAUUGGCGAUUUUAACAACGACAGCCGACUGGAUAUCGUCACUGCUAAUAUUGAUACAAAUUCGGUAGCUGUACUUCUGGGAUAUGGCAAUGGCUCUUUUGCAAGUCAAGAGUAUUAUUCAACUGACUCUUGGUCAUUCUCUGUAGCUGUAGGUGAUUUUAACAAUGAUACCCGACUGGAUAUUGUCGUCGCUAAUUUUGAUAGCGCGUCUAUAAGUAUACUUCUAGGAUAUGGCAAUGGCUUCUUUGCAAAACAAGUGAAAUACUCCACUGGCACUGCACCAAUAUGGGUAGUUGUCAGUGAUGUUAACAACGACAACCGACUAGAUGUCGUCGUCACUAAUCGUGACGACAACACUGUAAGUGUACUUCUCGGACAUGGUAAUGGCUCUUUUGCAAGUCAAACAACAUAUUCAACUGAUAUUGGGCCACUCUACGUAGAUGUUGGUGAUUUAAAUAAUGAUACUCGACUAGACAUUGUUACUGCUAAUUAUCAUGACAACACUACAUUAUCGUCGCUAAUUAUGGCACCAACAAUGUAG